AUGGUUGGCGCACAGCGGUGGUUGCAGAGAAGCGCCUCGGGCGUCUCUCGCUGCUGGCACUCCUCUACAGUCGGCUCCUCCGUCUCGACCAGCCCGGCAACGACGACAGCAUCCUCAGCGCUGACUCAGCAUAAGCUUUGUCCGUUGUCGGCUCGUCCGGCUCAACUGCGGUCAUUGCCAUUCUCAACAGCUUCUAGUUCAUUGAACUCUCCUGCUUCACCUCGACCCCCUUCGUCAACAUCUUCAAGCUCAUCUUCGUCUUCAGCUGCUUCCGGGUCAGGCUCUUCUCAGUGGAAGCCGCCACCGCCUCCACCGUCUGCGUCGACUGCCGCUUCUCGCAAGCAAUCACGAAAAGAGUGGCUUCUCGUCGGUGUCGCUGGUUCCGCUGCCGCAGUGGGCUCUUGGUAUUAUUGGUCCAACAUCCGUCCACGCCAUCAAGCCAACAAGGCGGCUGCAGCUGCACUUGCUGCCAAUUCCGCCCCCUUCUCUCUGACUGCAGAGAGCAGGACAUCCUUCUCGAUCCCCACACGACAAGCACAGGCUGGCGGUCCCACUAACAAGGUGAUUAACACACUCACCAACGCCGAGGUCGACCGGCGUCUUACCGAAAACCAACGCAGCACCCGCGUCGACCGUCCCCAGGGUGCCUGCCUCGUUGCCCGCUAUGAUACCAACUCUGUUGCCAGUAACGAUCCUAUCGAGGACAAGCGCGCCGAGGUAAUUGUUGAACGAGAUCGUGCCAUUGCCGAUCGUCGACCCUCGUCCUCUUCCACUUCGCCCGUUUCUCCGAACUCCAACACAGCUACUGGUAGCGCCAAUGGCGAUCUUUGCUUCUUCGCCGUCAUGGACGGCCAUGCUGGAUUUCAUACCAGUACGCUGCUCAGCCAGAAGCUCAUCGCCUUUGUUGCUCUGGAACUGGACAAGGUCUUCAGGGAAGCGGGCGAGUAUGCCGAGAUUGCAAAAGCCAAAUCGGCGAUGCCCAGCAAGCUUUGGCGUACCAUCGUGGGCGGCGGCCCUGGCGCAAGUCCAAGCAGAGGCCUAGAUGGCGAUCCGGAAGUGGUCAAGAGAGCCAUCGCCAAAGCCUUUCGUGGUCUUGACAAGGAAAUCGUCAACACGCCCGUCGAGCUGCUCAAGGAGUACGAGCUGAGCCUCGCCUCCACUUCUUCCAGCUCGGUUGCACCCGAAGGUGGAGCAGGCAACACACGAAGCCUCAGCUCUCUCGCCCACAGCAUCUUUCCCAGCUCGAUCAACGCCGCCUUCACCGCUACGCAGAAGAGCGCCUACGAGAGCAUCCUUCCAGCCCUCUCCGGCAGCUGUGCGCUGCUGACCUACAUUGAUUCAGCCCGUCAGGAUGUGUACGUUGCUUGCACCGGUGACUCUCGUGCUGUUGCCGGCUACUGGGACGAGGACUCGGGCAAGUGGGAGGUAGAGGCGCUGUCCGUGGAUCAAACCGGUCGCAACCCAGAUGAAGUGAGACGCAUGCGCUCCGAGCACCCCGCCUCGGAAUCCGAGAACGUCAUCCAACGUGGUCGCGUGCUCGGAGGACUCGAGCCCACCCGCGCGUUUGGGGAUGCCAGGUACAAAUGGGAUCGCGAGCUUCAAGGCCGGCUUUACGACGCCUUCUUGCCCGGUGGCCGUGCGUCGACACGUGGUCCACCUCGUGGCCUCGAGACCCCACCUUAUGUCACAGCGACACCCGCGGUGGAAUGGCGCAGGGUGGGUGAAACGAGCUCGAGCCCAAAUCGCGAGCUUCGCUUCAUCAUCAUGGCCACUGACGGCUUGUGGGAUAUGAUGAGUAAUGAAGAGGCUGUCAGCCUGGUUGCCGGCCACCUCGCUGGUAUCAAGGGCACAAUUCGAUCGUCGGAGCUGCAAAGACACACGUUCCAGCCCAUCGACAAGUUGCACUCGUUACCCUCGACCUCGAUGACUAUCUCUAUUAGCCAGGAUGAUCAGACUGUCUCUACUCCAAUUCGAACUGCAUCAUCUGAUGAGCAGCGAGAGCUGGCAGUGUCUAAGCAACAUCCACUCUCAAAGGGACCCGAAUCGUUGCGAACGUUUCAAUUUCAGGAUGAAAACCUAUCGACGCAUCUGAUCCGCAACGCGCUCGGCGGUGCCAACCAGCAACGAGUCGCAGGGCUGCUCGCCAUCCCUGCCCCCGAAAGCCGAAGGUAUCGCGACGACAUUACCGUCAAUGUGAUUCUUUUCAACUCUCCGGCGUCAAUUCCGGCUCAGUCACAGUUGGCAGCUACGCAGAGCGCUGACGAUUCAACUGCGUCCCCGAUCAAAGCCAAGCUUUGA